AGAGUGAAUGCAGAAGCACGUGAUCAUGUUAGCAUCGGGGCUAAGGAAGUAGCAUCACAGAAGAUGGUCAUGGACCGCAGGUAGAACCUGUGGUCUGAAGGCAACCCCAGCCAGGUAUGUUGACGUGAAAGAAGAAGCAGAGAGCAGCUUAGCGCGACCACACCUGGAGGGUGAAACAUGGAUUUCCUUCAUUUGUUUGGGAUCUACGUCGCGGUGGUGCUAACAUGUAUAUUCCUGGUGUGCAAAUACUCAGGACAGCAAAACAACCCGUUUAACACACUGCUUAGUUAUGUUUCAAAGGUGGUCGCACCUUUUACUCCUCGGUGGCUCCAGAGGUUUUCACACUGGAUCUUUCACAGACUGUUCCAUCAAAGGAGCAACAUCUUCAUAUAUCUGCACAUCUUCCUGGAAGGAAGUGUCUAUGCAGAGUUCACCUAUGAGGUGUUUGGCUUCUGCCGGGAGAUGGACACCAGUUUGACAAGCUUGUCAGUGCCUUAUGUCCUGCUGGCCAUCAAGAACUUCUUCUUCUACCUCUGCAUCAAGACCGAUCCAGGCACAGUGACAAAGAAAAAGGUCUCCAGCCUGAUUCACGUCUAUCCAUAUGACAAGAGACUGUUUCACCCUGCAGUCUCCUGUGAAACGUGCCAACUUGUCAAACCAGCCCGUUCCAAACACUGCCGGGUCUGCAACAGGUGCGUCCAGCGCUUUGACCACCACUGUGUCUGGGUGAACAACUGUGUCGGAGCUGGGAACACCCGUUACUUCCUGCUUUACCUGCUCAGUGUGUGUGCCAUGUCCUUGGACAUCGCCCUGUUAACAGGAGACAUGCUGCUUCAUGCUGUGCUGCGUUCAGGGCUCCUCAGAGCCAGUUACAUCGAUGAGUAUGGCCAGCAGCAGCCAGCUGGACCUCUGUUUGUUGUGCAGCAUCUGUUUUUGACUUUUCCCCGCAUUGUCUUCAUGCUUGGCUUCGUGAUCUUCGUCUUCUUCCUCCUUGCUGGCUAUACCCUGUUUCAUUCCUUCCUGGCUCUUGUCAACCAAACGUCCAACGAGUGGUACAAAAGUCGAGGGUUUGUUUGUCGGCACUGCCACCCAAUGCCUGCAGCCGAUAAUCUUUGCAGCCCCGCCCUGGAUCACUCGAAGAGGUACUACUACAGCCGGGGAAUGCUCAGAAACCUGGGAGAAAUUUUCUUCCCUCCACAAGCCACCCAGAAAAAGGGCAAUUGAAGACAAACCCUAGCUUUGGUAUGAACUGCCAACAGUCGCUACUAUCUCCACCACUGCUAGAGCUGAGAAAAUAAACUCUAGCUUUGAUUUUAUGGAUUUAUGUUUCAUUUCUCUUGACGUAAACUCUCUACUUUCAGUUAGAUCAUUGUCUCUUAACUGAUUACUACAAGGUCACAAUGCUGUAAUUAAUGACUCGGCAGCUCAAACUUUGUGUUUAUAAAAGUGACAGAACAAAAUAAACUUUACUUAAUGUUC